AUGGCCCCUCGCCGUGAUGGGCGCCCCGCAAUUGGGCUCUGCCAGGCUGUGCGGCUUCUCUGCCUGGGCUGGCUGCUGCCCGCUGUGGCGGGCAAGACUCUGCGCUACUACACCCACGAGGAGGAGCCCCCCGGCACUGUCAUCGGCACCCUGGCGGAGGAGCUGCCCCUGAAGCCGACGGAGGGCGAGCGCAGCUUCCGCCUGCUGCAGCAGCCGGGCAACAGCUCGGCGGUGCGGGUGCGCGAGCGGGACGGGCAGCUGAGCGUGGGCGCCGAGCGGCUGGACCGGGAGGCGCUGUGCGGGCCGGCGGAGGAGCCCUGCGUGCUGCCCUUCGACGUGGUGAGCCUGGGCGGCGGCCGCGGGGGCGCGCAGUACCGCCUGCUGCACGUGGAGCUGGAGGUGCGCGACAUCAACGACCACGCGCCGCGCUUCCCACAGCCCGUGCUGGCGCUGGAGGUGUCGGAGAGCGCCGCGCCGGGCACCCGCCUGCCGCUCGAGCUGGCCCGCGACCCGGACGCCGGCUCCAACGGCGUGCAGAGCUUCGCGCUCUCGCCCGCCGACGGCCCCUUCGGCCUGGAGGCGCAGAGCCGCGCCGACGGGCGCAAGGGCGCCGAGCUGGUGCUGCUGCGCGAGCUGGAUCGUGAGGCGCAGGCCGCCUACCGCCUGGAGCUGGUGGCCAAGGACGGCGGGCGGCCGGCGCGCUCGGGCACGGCCACGCUCAGCGUGCGCGUGCUGGACGCCAACGACAACGCGCCCGCCUUCCCGCGCGGCGCGCUCCUGACCCUGGAGCUGCCCGAGGACGCGCCGCCGGGCGCGCUGCUGCUCGAGCUGGACGCCGCCGACCCGGACGAGGGCGCCAACGGGCAGCUGCUCUACUCGUGGGGCAGCCAGGUGCCUCCCGAGGCGCGCCGCCUCUUCGCCCUCGACCCGCUCUCGGGCCGCCUCAGCCUGCGCGCCGCUCUGGACUACGAGCUGCAGCGCGCCUACGAGCUCGACGUGCAGGCCAGCGACCGCGGCGCCAGCCCGCUGGCCGCCAGCUGCAAGGUGCUGGUGCGCCUCCUCGACGUGAACGACAACGCGCCGGCCCUGGCCGUCAGCGCGCUCUCGGCAGGCCCGGGCAGCCCGGCGGCGGGGGCCGAGGCCGGCCUGGCCUUCGUCAGCGAGGCGGCGGCGCCCCAGAGCCUGGUGGCGCUGGUCAGCGCCUCGGACGGCGACGCGGGCGCCAACGGGCAGGUGCGCCUGGCCCUGCUGCCCGCGCCGCAGCAGCCCUUCGCCCUGCAGCGCGCCUACGAGGCCAGCUACCUGCUACUCACCGCUGCGCCCCUGGACCGCGAGCGCGUGCCCGAGUACAACCUCACGCUCGUGGCCGAGGACCUGGGCUCGCCCCCCGCCCGCACCGUGCGCCGCCUCACCGUGCGCUUGGCCGACGAGAACGACAACGCGCCGCGCUUCGCCGAGGCCCGCUACGAGCUGGUGCUGCUGGAGAACAACGCGCCCGGUGCCUACCUGGCCGCCCUGCUGGCCUCCGACCCGGACCUGGGCGCCAACGGCCGCCUCUCCUACCACCUGCUCGACGGCCCGGCCCCGGCCGCUGACGCCUCCCUUGCCACCUACCUCUCGCUGGACCCGGCCACCGGCGCCCUCUACGCCGCCCGCGCCUUCGACUACGAGCUCCUCAAGCAGCUGGAGGUGAGCGUCCAGGCCGUGGACGGCGGCUCUCCGCCGCUUUCUGGCACCGCCGUGGUCCGGGUGCGAGUGAUGGACCAGAACGACAACGCGCCCCUCAUCACUCACCCGCCCCUCCACAAUGGAUCCCUGGAGAUUGGAGUGUCCAGCAAGGCCUCCCAGGACUCCCUCGUGAUGCAUAUCAAAGCCCGAGACGCCGAUGAGGGCAUCAACUCGGAACUGAGCUUUGCCCUUUUAAAAGACCCGCAGCAGCAGCAGCAGCAGCACCCGGGGGCACUGGACCUCUUUGCCAUCAACCAGAAAACGGGAGAGAUCUUCCUGGCCCAGAGCCUCUCCGAAGAGCAGCUGGGCCAGGUUUACCAAGCUCUUCUCAGGGUGGCAGAUGGGGGACGGCCCCCACUCUCCACCACAGCCAUGGUCAGCUUUCUAGUCACAGAUGAGGCACCUCCCUCCGGUGGCCGGGACUCCCUGGCCAAGUCCAGCUCUGGGGAAAGGACGGCACUGCAGUGGGACGUCCCGUUGAUUGUCAUCAUUGUCCUGGCUGGCAGCUGCACCUUGCUGCUGGUUGCAAUCGUCACCAUCGCCACCACUUGCAACAAGCGCAAGAAGGAGAAGGAGGGAGCCCUGGAAGAGCCGCUGGACAGCUCCCCACUGGAGAAAGGGAGGCAAGAAGGCAAGGGGGGCCUGGCCCCUGCCAGCCCGCUAGCCCGAGGCUUUGAAGUGCACUCAUUCCCCAGCAAAUCCUCGUUUGCCAGCCCUGAGGACUCCCCAGCCAGUGAAGACAUCCCAGCUUCUGAGAACAGCAGAGAGAGCGCCAGUCUAUAUGACAGCCACAGCCGGCUCCGAGACCCCCACUCAGAGUCCUAUACCUCUACUCCUAGUUACAGCAAAGAGCAGGGGGCCCCAGUGGCCAUCUGGAAGGGCCAUUCCUUCAACACCAUCUCAGGCAGAGAGGCGGAGAAGUUCAGCGGAAAGGACAGCGGCAAAGGCGACAGCGACUUCAACGACAGCGACUCGGAUAUCAGCGGGGACGCCCUGAAGAAGGACCUCAUCACUCACAUGCAAAAUGGGCUGUGGGCUUGUACUGCGGAAUGCAAGGUCCUAGGCCACUCUGAUCGAUGCUGGAGCCCCUCCUGUGGCCGGUCCAAUCCCCACGCGUCGCCCCACCCCAAGGCCCAGCUGUCCACGUUCAGCAAGAGCACCUCUCUGCCCAGGGACUCACUCCGCCGUGAUAACUUCUACCAGGCACAGCUGCCCAAGACGGUGGGGCUGCAGAGUGUCUACGAGAAAGUCCUGCACAGAGAUUUUGAGAGAACAAUCACAUUGCUGUCCCCUCCUCACCCAGGAAGGCUGCCGGACCUCCAGGAGAUCUCGGUGCCCGUAUUCCAAGCCCCUCCGGCAAGAUAUUUGGGGCCUCCAACUGAUGCUACUCAAAAAGUUUAACGGCCCCUCGACAUCUAUUCUGAGCUGAAGCUCACAAGUGUUGGACCACCAACAUGGCUUCUGAAGCCGGUGUUAGGCCCAGAACUCAGAUUUCCAAAGUCAUGCGUCUGCUGGGGUUACUUUUUUUCUUUCCUGCAUUGCAGGCUGGUUGGCUAAGACAAGACUUCUGAGCAUGUGCCAAAUGUUCUUCCCGCUGCUCAGUGGCCACAGCCAUCUCCUUCAGGUUUCCAAGAGUCCAGGGAAAGUCGUACCCCAUCAUCUCUCUUUAUAAAAAUGAAACUCUUUUCACCACCCUCACCUACUCUUGUAGAAAGCAUGCCUGCUGCUAGCCAGGCCAUUCCCAAGAGUUCUUAAAUUAUUGACUUGGGCCAGUGAUGUA